AUGUCCGAUACUGAUAGCGAUAUUUCAGUACCUUCCACUCCUCCUGAACUCAAAAGUGUUGUAAAUUCGGAGCUUUCCGUUUUAAUACCCGAAAACGGCAGUACUAAAAAUGUUUUUAAAGAUUGGUGUGACAAACAGAAUGUUAAGACGAUGUCUGAAAACAUUUUAUUGGCUUAUUUGAUGCAUGUAUCAAAUGUUAGUAGUCAGAAUGGAGUCCUGACUUUAAUUCCAUUAAAUUUAAAUGGAAAGGGUUUAAGAGAAAAGUCAGAUCCAGAAGUGAACCUUCCAGGUAUCAAAGACUCUCAAUUAGCUCUUGUUGAAAAUGUUUUCCCAAACAUUAGUGAGAAUUAUCAGAAUUAUGCUUGGUUAAGUCAACGAGCAAUUCUUGCCGCAAAGAAUAAUGAUGUACACGCACUGAAUUACACCAUCCAAUCAAAAAUUGCUGGCGAUUUGGUGACAUACAAAUCCGUUGAUUCCAUAACAAUUCCCAAUGAUGUAGUAAAUUAUCCAACGGAGUUUUUGAACUCUCUGGAGUUACCAGGAUUUCCACCACAUAACUUGCAACUCAAAGUUGGUACAGUUAUUACGAUAUUGCGUAAUUUGAAUCCACCGCGACUUUGCAACGGUACUUGA